AUGGAGCUACCUCCCCACCCUCCAGGCCCCACACCUCGGGGAGAAAUUGAAACUCUUCUACUCUUACAGCAACAGCAAAAUAAACCCGACAGUGACACUACGAUCGAAUCUGACACGGUCACAAACCCUACAAACACCCCCGAUACCCCUACAACGUUCCCAACAAGUCCUAUGGAUUCUCAGGAAUCACUCUUUAACCUAACAGCAAUGCCAUUUCUACUUCUUCUCCAUGGUGCAGAUACUCUGGUGUUCAUUGACCCUUCUCCGGAGACAAUCCGAGCCAGGUCGCCUUUUCCCGCGCAGACUGUUCCUCAUCGCAUCCACAGUGAGAAAUUGUUGGCCACAGGCUCGGCCUACUUCAAACGACUCUUCAAUCCACAAAUGCAGAUCCGGGUCCGAAAGCGACGCAGCUUGACUGGCAAGCUUCCAGAUGGGAUUCAAUACGUCUUGGAUCUCACACCCCCAACCCUGGAAGAAGAUGCAGUCAUAUUUCUAACCGAGCUUUCGUGCCCUAUGAGCAUCAGGACCUGGGCCUCAAAACAGAAUAUGUGGAGCCUGCCGUGCUCGUGUGUUGGGGGGCAAGAUGACUUGGAACCUUUCGAGCACCUUAGUCAAUUCUCUACAACAUCGCCUGAGCUUGGGGCCAAUGGUCAUUCCGACCAUCUUGAGUCUUUGAGAAAUGAUCUGAUUGAAGCUCCAUUUGAACCGCAGGACCAUUUUCCGGAAUCACGGCCUGAAACAGUAGAGCAGAAAGGCUUGCCAGUGGAAUACUCAGCCUGCCGUCAUCGUGAAGGCAUUGAGCACAUUCUCCACGUCCUGGAAGGACUAAACCCUAAAAUAGACACUCCUUGCAAGAUGUGGACCUUUUUUGCCCUCGCCAAAAUAUUCGACGUGGCUACAGUGCCGGCCAUCUGCGACCACAUCAUUUCAUGGUUCUACGAGCUCAACAACACUCGGUUUAUCGAACUCCAUCCCGAGGUAGCAUAUCGAGUGGCAUGCGGUAUCAGAACCCCCUGCCUUUGCCGAGAUGCUUUUGUUGAAUUGGUUGGGGAUGAAGCACUGCUGUACCUGAUUCGGGCCACACGUUUUAAACCAAUCGGGUCCAUGAAAGACUUGGUACGGAGCCGAAUCUCCGAUAUUCUAGACGACACCGAGGUGCAGCGUAUAGAAUAUGCCAGCAAGAGUUUCGGAGACUACGUUGUUCGGUGCUUCUUACAGUUGACCGGGAGUGAAAUGCCCUGGUUGGCGCACAUUGUUGAGUUCCAGAAGCUUACCCGCCAUGUUCAACUUUAUCCUGCAGAUCAAGGAAUCAUACGUCAAUUAGUCAUGACGCUGAAGGAAUUCAUUCGAGGCCGCAUAUACGGGGCUUUGAUCAAGGGAAGAGACACAAAUCGCUCAUUCCAUGUGGCUCCAAACUUGGUGAGAUCCGAAAACCCAUACCACCGAUGGGGCAUAGACAAGGGAUUUGUCCUUCAGCGAUUGAUUGGGGAAAGCUUCUGGGGGGCGCUAGCAUUGCUGGACCUCUAUCAAGAUGAAGUACCUCGUCUAGAAUCUCAUUUUUCCAUAGCGGAAAUCGGUAAUGGCUCACUGGCCUUUGGUACCGAAACCGCAGCAAGGAUUCGUCAAGUGUCGCCUCGUGAAGUUCGCCAGAUGAUCCACGUGUUUAACCAAGCGGUUAGAACUAGGGCUCAGGCUCGUCAUGAGGAAGAGACUCUGGCCGCGCGACAUGCGGGUGGGCAUGUUGCGAUGGAGGUGACUAUUAACGUCCGGAAGUCACAAUCCAGAAAUGAGGUUGACAGCACCUCCAACGGCUUUUUUCUCAAUCCCAUUCCUGCUCCCACCCCUAAUCCAUGUAUUCCCCCUGUACCCCCAAUGCCACCAAAACCAGACAUUUCAGCAGACAUGUUCAACGAAAAGACAUUCAAGGAUGAGGUUCACUCUUUCUUGAGACAAUACGCACUAGAGAUGUUGCAGCAACCCGGCCCAUCCACCAUGCGACACGAAGUCACGGAUACCCUAACCUGCCUCACAUACAAUGAAUUCCAGUACCUACCUCUAUGGGCGGGUGGCAAUGACGAUGAGACGGGAGGUGUUUUCACCGACUUGAUCAUUCCUGCCAUGGAUGUUGGUGGAUUCUCAGCUCCCGGUCCCGCCGUGCACAUUGGCAGUGUAGCCUCAACCAAUGAUUCUCUCAGUGAGAUUGGGCUUAGUGACGCCCAAAGCACCAUUUAUGGCGCAUCUCACAACGCCACCUACAGUCACGCGUCGGAUAUCAUGUCUGUGGACUCUACCGAUUAUUCUCAGUUUAAACCCGAAAAUCAGAAUCAUGAGAGCCAUGAUGACAUGCAGUCAGAAGCUUACAUGGAGAUAACCGAGUAUGAUGAUGAGAUAUCAUCCCUGGAUCUUGGUCUAACUACCAACGAUGGUGAAUACGAAACACAGAGCGAUGGUCCCGUUACCGUAGAUAUGGGUUCGCCCGGGCUUUCUUUUGCUAGUAUCUCUGAGAAUAUCGAAAUGGAGAAGGUGGAGAACGAAGAUAAUGACACCGAGUUCGAAUUCGUCGAUGUUUAA